CGGGUCGCUGCAGCAGCAGCGGAGCAGGUCGUGCAUCCAGGUGCCCAGUCGGACCUGCAGCCACCCGGGGGCGGAAGACUCCUCCACCUCAGCAGCAGGCCCCUCGGCAGGGGGCAGCCGGAUAGGGCUGGCAGGACAGCCCAGUGACCCGCUCGGGGGCUCCGGCUGGGGGGACGACUCGGCGGGGGGCGCACCUCCCUCCGCCUCCGCCGCCUCCGCAUCAGGCCGGUCUGGCAUGCAGCCCUACCGCCGCAUCCCCUCCAACCACCAGAUGGCCCCGGGGGAGGGCGCACCGGUGCAUGGGGUGUUCCAUGAGAUGGACAUCUACACGCCCCUCUCCGGCCACCUGCCCCGCCUGUGGCAGCUGUGGGAGAUGACGCUGCUGGGUCGCGCGCUGCUGCUGGUCGCCCCCACCCCCGGGGAGGCCUCCGCGGGGGUGGCGGCGCUGCUGUCGCUCAUCGCGCCGCUGCCGUACGCCCCGGACUUCCGGCCGUACUACUGCAUCCAUGACGCGGCGUUCGGUCGGCUGGCGGCGGGGGUGCUGCCGGGGCCGGAGGCGCGGGAUGUGCCCACGUUGAUGGGGGUGACCAAUCUGUACUUCCUGAGGGCUCUGCCCCACUGGCCCAACAUCCUGUCCAUCGGCAAGCGCGAGGCGGCUGCGGGGGCGGGGGGCUGCGGGGGCGGCCCGGGGGGGGCCUCGCAGUCCUCCUUCUCCGGCUCCUCCUCCGCCGCCUCCGCAGCUGGGGGCUCGCUGGCGGCGGCGGCGAACAUGUUCCGAGCCAACGCAGCCGUGCAGGCCCUCCGCCAGCGCACCCAGGGCGCCGCGGUGCUGCUGUCGGGCCACACGGAGGCGCUGUGGGCCGCGUACAAGCCGCUGUGCAGACCCGACCAGGCACUGCUGCAGAGGCUGCUGCAGCCCAAGCCGGGCGACGUGAAGAGCAAGGUGGCACGGAUCGCCCUGGUCAACAGCGACGCCAUUCGCAGGCACUUCUCCGAGCUCACCACCGCCUUCCUCUCCCCCUUCAACCGCUACUUCGAGGCGGAGGGCGGCAGCGGGCGGGUACCUGGGUGGAACAGCAGCGAGUUCACCUUCGCACUGCGGAGCGGGGAGCUGGCCAUUCCGCAGCAGCUGCUGGACAGGGUGGGCAGUCCCGCCGCCGCUCUGGAGCUCUACGCGCGCUUCACCGCCUGCCUCAACUUCGCCGCCUGGUUCGCCGCGCGGCGCCGCCUCCUGCCGCCGCACCUCACCGCACCGCUGCUGCCA